CGCCGUUUCAUUCGUCUGACAGAAGCUAUCGUGCGUUGAACAUCUUAAAAAUUCAUACGAGCUAUAGCUUUUAACAUUACAUUUUGCAAAGCAAACAAUCAUAAGUGAAACAAAAAUGUCACAAUUACCGUUUAAAGUUGCUGAUAUCUCAUUGGCUGAAUGGGGCCGUAAGGAAAUUGUUUUGGCCGAAAAUGAGAUGCCUGGUUUGAUUGCUUGCCGCAAGAAGUACGGUCAAUCGAAACCAUUGAAGGGUGCUCGUAUUGCCGGUUGUCUGCAUAUGACGAUUCAAACCGCCGUUUUGAUCGAAACAUUGACCGAAUUGGGAGCUGAAGUUCAAUGGUCAUCAUGUAAUAUUUUUAGUACUCAAGAUCAUGCGGCUGCUGCGAUUGCUGCUACAGGCGUGCGUGUGUUUGCAUGGAAAGGAGAAACCGACGAAGAAUACCUUUGGUGUAUUGAACAAACGCUAGUUUUCCCAGAUGGUCAGCCAUUGAAUAUGAUUUUGGACGAUGGUGGUGAUCUAACCAAUUUAGUUCAUGAAAAAUAUCCACAAUAUUUACCUGGAAUUCGUGGUAUAACCGAAGAAACAACGACUGGUGUACACAAUUUAUACCGAAUCUUCAAAGACGGUCGCUUGGGUACACCAGCCAUCAAUGUGAACGAUUCAGUUACUAAGAGUAAAUUUGAUAAUUUAUACGGAUGCCGUGAAUCGCUCAUCGAUGGAAUCAAACGUGCCACUGACAUCAUGAUCGCAGGCAAGGUAUGCUGCGUAGCUGGCUACGGUGAUGUUGGAAAGGGAUGUGCUCAAGCACUCCGUGGAUUUGGUGGACGUGUUCUCAUUACAGAAAUCGAUCCGAUCAAUGCGCUUCAAGCGGCCAUGGAAGGCUAUGAAGUCACAACCAUCGAUGAAGCAUGCAAAGAAGCUUCAAUUUACGUCACGACCACCGGUUGUAAAGAUAUCAUCACAGGAGCGCACUUCCAAAGCAUGAAAGAUGAUUCGAUUGUUUGUAAUAUUGGUCAUUUUGAUUGUGAAUUGCAAGUUGCUUGGUUGGAAAAGAAUGCCAAAGAAAAGGUGAACAUUAAACCUCAAGUCGAUCGAUAUACUUUGGCCAAUGGAAAACACAUCAUUGUAUUGGCUGAAGGACGUUUGGUCAAUCUUGGCUGUGCCAUGGGUCAUCCAUCCUUUGUGAUGUCAAAUUCGUUUACAAAUCAAGUUCUUGCUCAAAUCGAAUUAUGGACCAAAAAACCCAACGAAUACCCAAUCGGUGUACAUAUGUUGCCAAAGAAAUUGGACGAAGAGGUUGCUCGUUUGCAUUUGGAAAAAUUGGGCGUAAAAUUAACGCGAUUGAGUGAUGAACAAUCUCAAUACAUUCAUGUGCCAGUUGACGGACCAUACAAGCCAGACCACUACCGUUAUUAAAUCUGAUUAUCGAAAUGAGUUUUAUUGAAUUUAAUGUUGUCAAUCAACCUGAUUAAAUGUACAUUUUCACUUGGAUUUCUAAUAAAAAAAACCAUUGCAUUUUCUUUUCACAAUA